CAGAUUAAUCGGGAAAAGAUCUCAUCCUUAGAGUCCAAACGAGACCAGCUGGUUCCAUCUGGAAAUUCUUCCUAUCAUCCCAAGUGUCCCAGGUGGUCCACCUCAUCCACAGAUUUGAACUCUUUUGCAUAAUGGAGGAGCAAUUUAUUUACUCAGAAGGUAGCGGAUCAAGCCUAAUGCAAAAACAGAACUACCCUGCUGUUUGGCACAGGUAUCACGAGAUAAAUGAGUGGCCUUCUGAGAUUUUUGAAACAUCUGGGAGUAACCCUGAAGAUAUCAACAUUCUUUUCAAUACUACUGGAAUUGCUCCAAAUAUUUCUAAAAUACCAGAAUUUUUUUCUUCUCCUUACGAUCAACUGUUCGAUAAUUUAACACGAAAUCUUCUCAGUGGAUUCUUUGCCCUUAUUUGCCUUUUAGGCCUGGUGGGAAAUGGAACAACAAUUUAUCUCCUGGCCUUUUCCAUUAAGAGGAAUCCUUUCACCACUUUCAUCCUGAAUCUCUCCAUCGCUGAUUUUGGGGUCCUCACAUCUCUCAUUACUGCAACUAUAUUUGUGUCAGUGUUUACUCUGAGUCAAAGAACAUACAUUGUCGAUACCUUUUUCUUCUUACUUUUUGAGUUCUUUUUCUUCACCUAUUCUGCUAGCCAGUUUCUGCUGACGGCCAUCAGCCUGGACAGGUGUGUGGCUGUUCACUUCCCUAUCUGGCAUCGCUGCCAUCGUCCGCCAUAUUUCUCCACACUUGUUUGUGGCCUCAUCUGGAUCCUCUCCUUCCUGCUCUCUGCGGUGCACUUCAUUCUCCAGCAAACCAGGACCUUUGGAAGUUCACCUUUGCUUUACCAGCUGAUUGUGAAUGGUUUACUUUGUACGCCUCUCAUGGUUGUGUCUACUGUCACUCUCAUGAUUCAAUUGAGGUCUAAAAUGCAACGCAAUCAAAGGAAACUUCUCACCACCAUCUUUCUGGCUCUCCUUUUCUUCCUCCUACUUUCUCUCCCAAUGAAUGUCUUUUACAUCAUUGAAUAUUUUGAUACCUAUAAUCUCCUCCUCAUGUCCAUUGGAAUAGGAUGUGCCACUCUCAAUAGCAGCAUCAACCCACUCCUUUAUUUCUUAGUGGGGAGGAAGAAGAGAGGAAAGCAUCAGCCCAGAGGAUCUUACAAGGUUGCUCUGCAAAGAGUCUUCAAGGAUGAGAAGGGAAGCCUGGAAAAUCAGAAAACCAAGAAGGAAGGCCAUUUAUGA